GUGUGUGCAGAAGCUUACAAUCCUGAUGACGAAGAGGACGACGCGGAUUCUAGGAUUAUUCAUCCUAAAACAGAUGAUCAAAGAAACAGACUGCAGGAGGCGUGCAAGGACAUUCUUCUUUUUAAGAACCUAGACCCGGAACAGAUGUCUCAGGUGUUAGAUGCUAUGUUUGAAAAGCUGGUUGAAGGAGGGGAACAUGUCAUUGAUCAAGGGGAUGACGGUGACAACUUCUACGUCAUUGAUAGAGGUACAUAUGACAUUUAUGUAAAAUGCGAUGGCGUUGGGAGGUGUGUUGGAACCUACGAUAACCGAGGAUGUUUUGGUGAGUUGGCCUUAAUGUACAACACACCCAGAGCAGCUACAAUUAUAGCUACCUCUCCUGGUGCCAUCUGGGGUUUGGACAGGGUAACGUUCCGAAGAAUCAUUGUAAAAAAUAAUGCCAAAAAGAGAAGAAUGUAUGAAAAUUUUAUUGAGUCAUUGCCAUUCCUUAAAUCUUUAGAAGUAUCGGAGCGUUUAAAAGUGGUUGAUGUGAUUGGCACCAAAGUGUACAAAGAUGGAGAACAAAUCAUUGCUCAGGGUGACUUGGCUGAUUCUUUCUUCAUUGUGGAAUCUGGAGAAGUAAGGAUUAUAAUGACGAGGAAGGGUAAGCAAGAUGUAGAAGAGAAUGGAGCAGUUGAAAUAGCUCGAUGCUCAAGAGGACAAUAUUUUGGAGAACUUGCUCUUGUAACUAACAAACCACGAGCCGCCUCUGCAUUUGCUCUUGGCACUGUCAAAUGUUUAGUUAUGGAUGUGCAGGCAUUUGAAAGGCUUUUGGGACCUUGUAAGGAAAUUCUGAAAAGAAACAUUGCAAACUAUGAAGAGCAGCUAGUUGCUCUGUUUGGAACAAACAUGGACAUUGCCGAUACCAGUGCGUGAACUAAACAUCGGAGCGACGAGAUCUGUUAUGAGAAUAUAGCACAGUAGUGGUUAGUCCACUGAGAAAUUGUCUCUCUUCCUAUAGAUGCCAAGCAUUUUCUGUGAUUUUAAGAGUGGGUUUGGGGUAUUUUUUUUUUUUGACUU